AUGGAAGGAGUUGUGUCUGUAUUUCCUAACAAGAAUCUACAGCUCCUUACGACGACCUCGUGGGACUUCAUGGGUUUAAAGGAAGGAACGAGGACCAAGAGGAACCCAAUCGUGGAAAGUGAUACCAUUAUCGGGAUCAUCGACAGUGGUAUCACGCCGGAAUCUGAAAGCUUCUCCGACAAAGGCUUUGGUCCUCCUCCAAAGAAAUGGAAAGGUGUUUGCUCCGGCGGCAAAAACUUCACAUGCAACAACAAGUUGAUUGGUGCAAGGGACUACACAAGCGAAGGAUCUAGGGACGUUACUGGACAUGGUACACACACAGCGUCCACGGUGGCUGGAAACGCUGUCGCGGACACAAGCUUUUAUGGACUUGGCAAUGGAACCGUGAGAGGUGGCGUUCCGGCCUCAAGAAUUGUCACUUACAAAGUGUGCACCUUCUUAGGGUGUAGCUCCGAAAAUAUAUUGUCUGCGUUUGAUGAUGCGAUUGCGGAUGGUGUAGACAUUAUCAGCAUCUCCGCCGGAUUAGGAUUUGCCUUUCCUUUUGAAGAGGACCCCAUCGCUAUCGGUGCUUUUCACGCUAUAGCCAAAGGGGUUCUCACUGUGAACUCAGCCGGUAACAGCGGUCCGGAAGCGGAAACGCUAGUGAGCGUAGCUCCGUGGAUAUUCACCGUUGCCGCCAGCACCACCAACCGUGCAUUUUUCACAAAAGUUGCUUUGGGUGACGGCAAAACACUUGUCGGGAAAUCAGUGAAUACGUUCGAUUUGAAUGGAAAAAUGUAUCCUCUGGUGUACGGGAAAUCUGCUGCUAAUUCUUCUGCUUGCAGCAUUGAAUCGGCAGAGCGAUGUGAAGAAGGGUGUCUUCAGGAAUCCCUCGUGAAAGGAAAAAUAGUAGUGUGCAAUUCUACGGAUUCAAACGAUGCUCAAGUAGAUGGAGCUGUUGCAGCCAUUACAAUCAGCCCAGUGAAGGACAUUGCCUUUGUCACUCCUUUGCCACUCUCUACUUUAUCACAAGAAGACUUAAACUCUCUCGUUUCUUAUAUUAACUCCGAAAGUUCUCCGACAGCUACUAUUCUCAAAACCGAGGCAGUCUUUAACCAGAGAGCUCCUGUCGUCGCUUCCUUCUCUUCUCGUGGUCCAAACAUCAUCGCAACUGAUAUUCUCAAGCCGGAUAUAACAGCACCAGGAGUUGAGAUCCUCGCUGCAUUCUCACCUGAGACUUCACCGUCCUCAAGAUAUUUGGACACAAGACGUGUGAAGUACUCUGUUAUGUCUGGAACUUCAAUGUCUUGUCCACACGUGGCAGGUGUCGCAGCUUACGUCAAGACGUUUCAUCCUGAUUGGUCUCCUUCCAUGAUCAAAUCUGCCAUUAUGACAACCGCUUGGCCGAUGCAUGCUUCUAAAGCUGGUGCAUUAACCGAAUUUGCUUAUGGAGCUGGACAUGUAGAUCCAAUAGCUGCUACUAAUCCUGGACUCGUAUAUGACUCGGCUAAAGCAGACUACAUCGCCUUCCUCUGCGGCAUGAAGUACAAUGAAACUACCGUGAAACUCAUAUCCGGUGAAGCAGUCACUUGCAGUGGAGAAACCUUAACAAGAAACUUAAACUAUCCUUCAAUGUCGGCAAAAUUGUCGGGAUCUAAUAGCUACUUCACCGUGAUUUUCAACAGAACCGUCACCAACGUGGGUAGCCGAAUCUCUAAAUAUAAAUCAAAAGUUGUACUAAAUAACGGAUCUAAGCUCAAGGUCAAAGUCUCGCCUCGUGUCUUGUUUUUUAAGAAGGUGAACGCGAAGCGGUCUUUUACUGUGACUGUUUCAGGCAGCGAUCUUGACUCACAACUGCCGUCGUCUGCAGACCUAAUAUGGUCUGAUGGCACUCACAAUGUGAGAAGCCCCAUUGUUGUUUAUAAAAGUGAGUGA